UGUGGGUUUAGGAUGGCUUACUCUGAUUGGCCCACCUGGGAAGAGUGCCCACCCAUGUGGGUAAAGGGGUGGAGCCUAUUAGCAGUUGAAGAGUUUGUAGGGCAGGGGCAUUGGGCAGACACACAACCCCCCAACUCUCUUGUUAGAAGUUCUCCCAAUUUCCUUGUGUGCAGGUGGCGAGUCUGUUACCUGGGGCUCUGCAAGGCCCUUGCCCUGCUGCAGGCCACCUGGAUCGCCUUCUCCCAGCCUGUUCCAGCCAGCUGUGGCCAGCUGCUGACCCAGCUCCUCCUGUGCGGUUCCCUGGCUGUUGCUGCUGCAGGUCUGACCUACCACUGGCUGGUGUCCUCGCUGCUCUAUCCUCUGGAGCCCUCGGCUCUGGUGGCCACCAUCUGUGGCCUCCUGGUGUUCCUGGGCCUGGGUCUGGUGCCUCCAGCCCGCUGCCUGUUUGCGCUCAGCGUGCCCACCCUGGGCACGGAGCAGGGCCGCCGCCUGCUCCUGUCCUGGAGUACCGCCACCCUGGCCGUCGCUGUGGUGCCUAACGUCUUGGCCAACAUGCACGCAGCUGGGCAGGUGCUGAGGUGUGUCACUGAGGGCUCCCUGGAGAGUCUGCUCAACACCACUCACCAGCUGCACAUGGCAUCCCGGGCUCUGGGCCCUGACAGCCUAGCGGGCGGCCAGGGCCUGAUGCUCCAGGCCCAGGACAAUGGCUCUGCCUUCCAGCUCCACAUGCUCAGGGUCACUCAGCAGGUCCUGGAGGACUUCUCCGGCCUGGAGUCCUUGGCCCGGGGGGCAUCCCUGUGGAGUCAGAGGCUGGUCACAGGGCUCCUUAUGCUGGGCCUCCUGGUGGACUCGGCCUGGUACCUCCAUCGCUACCUGACUGACCUGUGGUUUGAUAACAUCUACGCCACACGGCAGCUGGCUCAGCAGCUGGCAGAGGUCGGGGCCACACACCUGGUGUCCUCCCCACCAGCCUGGCUGCUCUGGGCGGCCCGGCCGAGGCUGUCCCAGGGGGAGCUGCUGAGUUGUCUCCUAAGGCUGGGUCUGCUCACCCUGCUCCUGGUGUCCACGGCUGUGACGGUGGCCACAGACCAUGUGGCCUUUCUCCUGGCGCAGGCAGCCGUGGACUGGGCUCAGAAGCUGCCUGCUGUGCCCAUCACACUCACGGUCAAGUACGAUGCUGCAUACACCGUCCUGGGCUUCAUCCCCUUCCUCUUUAACCAGCCGCCUCCAGAGAGCCCCUUCCUCUCCACCCACAAAUCCUUCCACUGGGAGCUCCGCUUCACCGCUGCCGGCUGCCCGCUGCUGCCCGCCCGGCGCCCGCACACAGCCGCACCCCUGGCUGCGGGGGCCCUGCAACUUGUGGCCGGCUCCACCGUCCUCCUGGAGACCUACGCCCGCCGCCUGCGGCACAGCAUCGCUGCCUCCUUCUUCACAAGCCAGGAGGCAAGGAGGGUCCGCCACCUUCACGCCCGGCUCCAGCGAAGACACGACAGGCUCCGAGGCCAGCAGCUGGUCCCAGGCGCUCCAUCCUGCUCCUGACAGCUGGGCCAAGCAGCAAGCAUCCAGCACAGCUAGACAGGCCUGCUGGAUGGAUAUCUGGAUAAACAGAGAGCAGUGGGGCCAAGGAGAAAGAGCUUUGGAGUUGCCCAGACCUGAGUUAUAACCUUGGCCCUUCGGCUGCCUCCCUGUGUGACCUUGAGUAGGUUGCUUCACCUCUCUGAGCCUCAGUUUCUACAUCUGCAUAGCGAUGGCAUAAUAACAAUUGAUGUGACCAACUUUCCACAAGGAAAUGUGGGUAAUGACGGAGUGAAAUAUUGGACGUGAAAGGCCUUGAUAACCAGAAAAGGAUGGUGCAAAGUGAAGACCAGGAAGAGCGGAGACACCCACAGUUCCUCGGGGCCAGUGGGGGGUCUGCCCAGGCUCCAAUCUGUAUCCACUGUUUUACCAGGUGGAUGGAGACUUUGCAUCCUGUGUCUAAAUGCCUCUGGAACUUAUUUAUAUGUCCGUGAGUCUUCUGAACUUACUUAGAGUAAUUUUAUAUAUUAAAUAAAAUCAACCAAAUCAAGCAAAUGUAUACAGUAAAUGUAUGUAUUAAAUCCUAAAUUAGAUUGUCGCUCCUUGGCUUCAGAUUCCUUGAGGGGUUUCCCAUCUAGGGUUGCCAGGUUCAGCAAAUAAAAAUAUAGGACACCUGGUUCCAUUAGAAUUUCAGAUAAAAAACAAAUACAGGUUAAGCGUAAGUAUGAACUGAGGAUACUUAUAUGAAACCUGUAUCUGUUUAUCUGAAAUUCAAAUUGAUGAGUAAUCCGUAUUUUGUCUGGCAACUCCAACCCCAUCGAAAUUAUUAAAAUCGCAGCUCCUUCCCCUGUGGGCUUGGUAUUCCCUGUUUUUCCCUCCAGGUCUUCCUCUGUCCCUCUCUCACCUCCUCUUUUCCCAGGAAUCUGACCUCUGUGAAUGGGUAUCACACUUGCCAUAGAGGUGGAUACUUUUGAGAUGUGAAUCAAGCAGUUUAGAGUUAAGAAGAGAAAGAGAGAUUGUUGGAAGGACCACUGCUGGGAGUAUGAAAUACUGAGACACCGGGUUGGGGAGAGAGGAUUUUACAGGGGAGUGGUGUUUUACUUCCCUUAGGGUUUCCUUCAGAAACUCCAGUAAAGAUAAAAUUACCUUCCCUUUUGGUCUAUGUUGCUGCCAAAGUGUUUAUUUGAAUACCAG